AUGGCCCGGGCGACACUCAACAUGAACGCGGCGGGGCUCGAAGCUCGCGGCGGGGGCCACAUAGAGCAGGGACCACUUCCCUUCAGCGUCGAGUCACUGCUGGAGGCUGAGCGCGUAAGGGGCUCCGAGUCUGGGGAGCUGGGGGAGGAGAGGCCGCCCGGCGCCUCGAAGCCUGGAGCCUGGCCCCCACCGGUCGCGCACUCAUGCCCCCCACGUAAGUGCUCAGUCUCCGGGUCCCAGGCCCUGAAAAGCGACCGCGCUGUCAAGCUCGAAAAUCUAACGUGGGUGCCCCCAGCCCUCCACCCUGCACCCUUCGCAAACACAAAACCAAUCGCAAACCACGAACACCCUUCACCACCGCGCAGCUGCUGGCUCUGGAGCGCAAGUUUCACCAGAAGCAAUACUUGUCCAUUGCCGAGCGCGCCGAGUUCUCCAACAGCUUGAGCCUCACUGAAACUCAGGUCAAGAUCUGGUUUCAGAAUCGCCGAGCCAAGGCCAAGCGGCUGCAGGAGGCCGAGCUGGAGAAGCUGAAGCUGACUGCCAAGCCACUACUGCCGGCGGCAUUUACCCUGCCCUUCCCACUGGGCACCCAGCUGCACAGCUCCGCGGCCACUUUCGGCGGCAACGCUGUUCCUGGGAUCCUGGCUGGGCCGGUCGCGGCUUAUGGCAUGUACUACUUGUCUUAGAGCAUGGAACCAAGUCCUAACCUCUUGAUUAGGCUCAGGGCUGCGCCGCAGUUCCGCCCGCCGCCGAUGCUCCUGGUAACUUCUUGACCUUUCGUUUUAGAGUUUUGGGUUUUUUUUCCCCUGUUAUACGAUAUACUUGAUGACUGGAGCCUAUUUAUAGAUAUAACAGAUAUUUUAAACCUUCCUAAAACCAUGUCCGUGUCUGAAGGAAAACACAACUUCAUAUAGUCCUUGGAACAGACAAAAGCAGAUCUUCCUAUUUCGUACAAAGCAGUCGACAAAGUACUUCUGGGGUGGGUGUGCUCCUUGUAUUCACUCUGCCCCUACACCAAGGACUUCAGAGAGGCUCGAUUGAACUGGCAUAAGCAAACAAAUUCCAUAAGAUGACGUUAAAAUACAGAUGAGAUAAUCGGACUGUUAGGAAGACACUUAGAAAUUACCGCCACUUCAACUAAAUGUGCGUUGUGACCAAACGGAAACUUCUACGUGAUUUAGGUUUUACCCCAUUAUUAUUUGUUUAGAGUAUACGUCGUUCAAGGAGCUAGAGGCAAAAUGCUGACUGGGCAUGAGAGUAGGGGAGGUGAUGAACGCUGGCACCAUGCCUCAGAGGAAGGGUGGCUGCCAGGCAGCACCUUCUGAGCUUUGAAAGGAGCCUGCUGGGGAGACUGAAGGCUGGUGGCAGCAGGCAGCAGGGACCAAAGCCUAGCCUCCUGCCAGCAGGUGUCCAACCAAUAAAGAGAAGAAACUGAGGGUUGAGUGCCUCAAACCUCCAUUGUGGGUGCAGUAGGAGGCGAGGCCUGCAAAGGUCCCAAAAGAAUUACUCUGAGUGCCAGCUGUCCCUGUAAUCCUGAUGUGCCUUAGAAAAAUGGUGGACUUGUUUAGGAAUCUGGACUUGUACCUUUAUUCUACCUUUAUCUGAGGAAAGAAAGCAGAUCAUCUGAGCUGUUCUGUCCCACUGCCCCUAAUGGAGUCUCAACCCUAUCACGCAAGAUCGAGGCUCUUCGGGUACCUGACAACCAGCACUGAUAAAA